AUGCCUUCCAUAUUCCGCCUCGUCCUAGCGCCCAUCGCGUCCCUGCUCUACUUCACUCUUUUUGCACAAUCGAGCCAUAUUCAAGCUCCAAUAAGUCUUCGUUAUGAAAGCCACUGCUCCCAUAUCUCCCCUAUAGGACAGUCCGAAUUCGAGACUCGCCAGAGUACCCUCGCAAGCACUCUCAUCCAACUCGGCGGAGCUGCCUAUGUCACAGAAUCGUCUGCGAACUCCCAAUACUAUGGGAACUUCUCUGUAACAGAUUGGAAGCUUUCGGAGCGGCCGCUUCUCCUCAUCAUCCGACCCAUUCAAACCGAAGACGGGUCCGUCAGGCCACAGGUGGCCGUCGUCACGCCAAAGUUCGAGCACAGGAGAGCCACCCUCCUCCCUAUACCUUCUUAUCAAGGCACCGAAGUGCAGUACAUCGACUGGGCAGAGGAUGAAGACCCGUACCGAGCAGCGGUGGAAGGAAUAGGACUUUCGUCCAAUGCAACCAUCUUCGUCGACAGCAACAUCCGUAAAUUCAUUGCAGAUGGACUCGAAACGGCAGCCCCGCAGGCUCGCGUGCUAACUGCACCUCUUGAAAUUACGAGUCUCAGGGAACGGAAAUCGGUACAUGAACUGGAAAUCAUGCAAUGCGCUAACGAGGCUACUGUCCUUGCUAUCAGGGACGUUCAUCGACGCGUACAGUUUGGGAUGCGUGAAUCCCAGGUGCGAUCUAUGAUGGCCCAAGCCCUUGCAGAAGUCGGUCUCAAGAAUGGUGGAUGCCUGGUACUCUUUGGUCUCGCAUUUCCCGGGUCGCAUAUUCCAGCUCGUCACCUUGAGCUAUGGAAUAUCGUACGCGAUGUUCAAAAGUCUGCCCUGGAGGUGGCUACAGCUGGUACAUUGACAAAAGUUCCUGACGAAACGGCGAGAGAGGAACUUGGGAAGUUUGGAUUGGAUCAUUAUCUUACGCAUAGAUUGGGUCAUGGUAUUGGCCUAGACGGACACGAGCCUCCUUAUCUACGGGGAAAUAGUGGCGACGUGAUACAAAUUGGCCAUACGUUUUCCAACGAACCUGGAAUAUAUAUCGAAGGAGAAGUGGGCAUUCGACUGGAAGAUUGUUUCUACAUUGACAGUCGAGGCUUACCCGUUUACCUGACCACGCACACCGGUGGACCGCAGACCUCUCCAUGGAAGCCUUGA